GGUGCAUGCAUUUUCCUUUUCUUAUGGGAAUCCCUAGUACGUAACGGUUCAAAACUGAAACCUAACCGUAUUUCUAUGCGGCUUCAAUCCCUCUACUUCGCCUGAGAGUUGGGAUCUCCUCCUCAGGCGAACCACCUUUUUCUCCCGUGCCUGGUGAAACCAAAUUCUGUACUGCAUUUUGACCUACACAGUUUCAGAGCGAAAUGUCGGUCCACCGACCGCCCAGUGAAUCAUGGAACUGCAUGCUCCCGGGCCCACCUUCCCGCAGCAACGGCGGAGCAGCUGACAUAUCCCCUACCGGCCUUCUCGCUUACGCCGCCGGAAGCUCAAUCUCCAUCGUCGAAACUCACUCCAUGCAGCUCGUUACCACUAUCCCUCUACCCCCAUCAUCCGUUACUUCCCCUGCACUCUCUCCCUUCAUCACUGCCUUGCGGUGGUCCCCGCUUGGUCUCCCUCACCGUCUAGUCCCCUCCGAAACCACGAGCCAUUUCCUCAUCAUCGCCGUUGGCGACCGCCAAGGACGCAUUUGUCUCCUCGAUUUUAGGUCUAAAUCCCCUCUGAUAUUCUUCGAAAACAGCUCGGGUCACAAGCUAGGGAUCCAGGACCUUUGCUGGGUCCAAACAGGACCUGAUUAUUGGAUCCUUGCUGCUAUAUCCGGGCCUUCUCAUCUCAAUCUGUUCAAUACUUACACCGGGCGUUGUUUCUUCAAAUACGACGCUUCUCCGGAAUAUUUAUCCUGCCUCCGUCGCGAUCCCUUUGACUCUCGGCGUUUUUGCGCCCUUGGUCUUAAAGGUUUCUUGCUUUCCGUUAAAGCCCUAGGAGAUUCUGAGGAUGACGUUGCACUCAAAGAAUUGCAAAUCCCUACAGACACCUCGGAAUUGCAGAAGCUAGAGAGAGACUCAGCUACUGGUGCCACUGGUGCUCCAGCAUUGGCAACAUUCCCUAAGUAUAUAGUGCGUUUCUCAUUUUCACCUCACUGGAAGCAUAUCCUCUUCGUGGUAUUUCCUAGGGAGCUGGUCGUGUUUGAUUUGCUGUAUGAAACGGCUUUAUACUCUACUGUGCUGCAUAGAGGUGUUGGGAAGUUUCUGGGAGUGUUACCAGAUACCAACAUUGAAGUUCUUUACUGUGCUCAUCUUGACGGGAAGCUCAGUACCUGGAGGCGAAAAGAAGGCGAACAGGUAUAUGUGAUGGGUUCUAUGGAAGAACUGAUUCCAUCAGUUGGUACAUCUGUCCCUUCUCCCUCAGUUCUUGCAGUUGUUAUCUCCCACUCAGAUUCUACUCUUCAGAGUAUCAGCAAGCUAUAUUCAGAUGGACAUCAUUCACUUUAUUUGGAUUCUGAUAAUCCGCUUGAUUCUUGUGAUGAAUCUCUUGUAAUUUCUAAAACACCUUUAGUCUCAAUUUCUGAUGAUGGGGAAGUAUGGAAAUGGCUCCUAACUGCGGAAGGAUCUGGAGAUGUACAAAAGGAUGCUAAAAAGCAUAGGGUUGCAACAGAUAUAAGUAAAACCCAGGGAGAUCAUCAGAUGGGGUUUCUGCCUUCCAAUAGCUUUCUGUCAAAUGCUGCUAAAACUGAUGAAGCUUCAUAUAAGAUGAUGCUAGUAGGACAGCUUCGUCUUCUUUCUUCCGCAGUGACUAUGCUUGCUGUUCCAUCUCCUUCACUGACAGCUACAUUGGCACGUGGGGGAAACUCUCCUGCUGUAGCAGUUCCAUUAGUUGCUUUGGGAACUCAAAGUGGUACCAUUGAUGUUAUAGACAUAUCUGCCAAUGCUGUUGCUGCUAGUUUCUAUGUCCAUAGCACUGUUGUUAGGGGAUUGCGGUGGCUUGGUAAUUCAAGAUUGGUGUCAUUCUCUUACACACAGGGAAACGAGAAAACUGGAGGCUACAUCAAUAGUCUUGUUGUGACUUGUCUUAGGAGUGGACUCAACCGGUCAUUUCGAGUUUUACAAAAGCCAGAGCGCGCCCCUAUAAGAGCGUUAAGGUCCUCAGCUUCAGGAAGGUACCUUCUGAUCUUGUUCCGUGAUGCUCCAGUGGAAGUUUGGGCUAUGACAAAGAGUCCUAUGAUGCUGAGAUCUUUAGCUCUGCCUUUCACCGUACUAGAAUGGACUCUUCCAAUAACUCCACGCUCAUCAUCAAAGGAGCACUCAACCAUGAUUUCAUCUGAGACAUCUUCCAUAGACACAUCUUCGUGUAGUGCACCUUUUAAAGAUUCUAGGAUUGGGAUUGAUGGAUCGCAGGAUGAGUUUUCUGAAAGCUUUGCUUUUGCAUUGGUAAAUGGGGCGCUUGGAGUUUUUGAGGUUCAUGGACGAAGGAUCCGAGACUUCAGACCAAAGUGGCCUUCUUCAUCCUUUGCUACAUCGGAUGGACUAGUGACAGCUAUGGCCUAUCGUCUUCCUCAUGUGGUUAUGGGGGAUAGGUCAGGGAAUAUACGUUGGUGGGAUGUAAGUACUGGCCAGUCAUCAUCGCUUAACACCCACAGGGAAGGAAUACGGAGAAUUAAGUUUGCUCCAGUUGUUUCUGGAGAUCAUAGCUUGGGCCGCAUUGCAGUUUUAUUUAAAGAUAACACAUAUUCUAUUUUUGAUUUAGAUUCACCCGAUCCCUUAGCUAUUUCACUUUUACAACCUCAAUUUCUUGGAACUCUAGUCUUGGAGCUUGAUUGGUUACCUUUACGAAUGAAUAAAAGUGAUCCACUUGUAUUAUGCAUUGCUGGAGCUGAUAGUAGCUUUCGUCUUGUUGAAGUUGACAUAACUGAAAAAACGGGAUAUGGCACCCCGAAAAGUACAUCAAUAAAGGAAAAAUUCCGACCAGUGCCUUUAUGUUCUCCCAUAUUGUUACCUACAUCACAUGCCUUUGCUUUGCGUACAAUAUUACAGCUGGGUAUAAAGCCAUCUUGGUUCAAUAUAUUUGCCACAACUAAGGGGCAUCAUGAAACUCCUGAGAAUCCCUCAUCAACCGGUGAUCUACGUGGUUACAUGAUUGAUUCAGCAUAUCUCGGAGAUUCUGUGGUACCCGAGAUGCUUCUUAAAGUAUUGGAGCCUUACCGUAGAGAAGGCUGUAUAAUUGAUGAUGAGAGCGUAAGACUCUAUGCUGGGAUUGUCAACAGAGGUUGUGCAAUGAGAUUUGCAUUCGCUGCUGCAGUAUUUGGUGAACCAGUGGAAGCCUUUUUUUGGCUGCAGUUACCUCAAGCUCUUAAUUAUUGGAUGAAUGAGUUGGUUAAAAAGUCUGUAUUUAAAAUUCCCCAAUCAGCAUUUGCUUCAGAGAUUGAUGAUGCAUCUAUGCUGAAUAGGAUAUCAUCAAAGGGAAAAGUAGCUCCAGGUUCAGGGACUCUGAGUAGCAGUCAACUUGGUUUGAUGGCCUUCAAACAAGAAGAGUUGUGGAAGCGUGCUAAUGAGCGCAUCCCUUGGCAUGAGAAGCUCGAAGGUGAAGAGGCUAUUCAAAAUCGUGUACACGAACUCAUAUCUGUUGGAAAUUUAGAAGGCGCUGUUAGUUUACUACUUUCAACACCUCCGGAGAGCUCUUAUUUCUAUGCAAAUGCAUUGCGCGCCGUUGCUCUUUCAUCUGCAGUUUCAGCAUCUUUACUUGAACUAGCAGUGAAGGUUGUUGCUGCAAAUAUGGUCAGGACAGACAGAUCUUUAUCUGGCACACAUCUACUCUGUGCUGUUGGAAGGUACCAAGAAGCUUGUUCUCAGCUACAAGAUGCCGGAUGUUGGACAGCUGCUGCAACAUUAGCUGCUACACAUUUAAAAGGAUCUGAUUAUGCACGGGUUUUGCAAAGGUGGGCCGAGAAUGUGCUGCGUUCUGAGCAUAAUAUCUGGAGGGCGUUGAUCUUGUAUGUUGCAGCGGGUGCAUUGAAAGAGGCACUGGCAGCACUUCGUGAGGCAAAGCAACCAGACACAGCAGCACUUUUUAUUCUUGCUUGCCGGGAAAUACAUGGGGAGUUCCUCUUGUCCAGCACGGAACUGGACGAUGAAUCCAGAUCUUUGGUGAAUGAUAAGCUCAUGAAUUUGGUGGGGGGAGUAUUCAACCCAGAGAAUGAAGAUGUUAUUGCUGUAGGUGAUUUUUAUGAGCAAUACCAGAGGAAACUUGUCCAUAUGUGCAUGGACUCAUACCCUUUUUAUGACUAGAAAAAAUUACUAGGUAGUAAACUACUACAUAUUAUGGUUCGUUUCAGACUACUAUUGUCAAUUAUUUCUCCAUAAUUGCUGAACUCGCGUUUGUUUCUUGACUGUCUCGCCCUUGAACUACCAGAGCAUCAUAAAUAUAAGGCAUACCAUCAUACUUGUUA